AUGGGCGACGCCUACGAACGAGAACAACAAAACAAUGCCCUCCUCAACUCCCUCUCCUCGAAAGUCUCCGCCUUGAAAUCCGUCACGAUCGAUAUUCACGAUAACGCUAGAGAUCAGGAUACGUUGGAUCAUUCGAAUCAAGUCUUCUCCUCCCUCUCAACAGGCCUGAAAGGCAGCGCGAGCCGAUUAACUCGCAUGGCGCGACAGGGCGAUACGGUGGCUGUGCUGAAAGUCGCGGGCAUCGUGGUCUGCGUUGGGGUGGCGCUUUGGGUGAUUCUGAGGUGGAUUUUCUGA